AUGGUGGAAGCAAAGAACGAAGUCUUAGCCAAAAACGAAGCCUUAUCCAAGCAACUACAAAAGCUCUUGAAGGCCCAAGACACUCGCUUAGAAUUGUAUCGAGAAUUCGACAUUGCAUUCAAGGAUUACUUGAACGGCAAGUGUCCUGCUGAGCAGUAUCAUUCCGUUUGCAAAAUUGUUACGGAGGGUUUCCAAGAUGUAUCUCAAGAAAUUCAGGAUGUUGAAAAGAGUGUCAAUGAAUCUGAUAAAGUAAUUGGUGGUAUGAUUCGACAAUUGCAGCAUGUUGAAAAGGAGAGAUUAGAGAAGACUGCCAAAUUACAAAUCUUGAUCAUUCAAGCCAAAGAAUCGGAUAAAGACUUUGAUGAGACGAUCAAGCAACAACAAGAAAGUGUGAAAGAGGUUACCGACAAGGUCUAUGAAGUCUGGGAUGAACUUAGAGAGGAAAUGCAUGGUGUAGCGUCACUCAUCUGUUAG